CAGUUGAAAAACGAUUAGAGACGUAUAGCAUGAUCUUCUUUGUAUUCAUGGCUAUAAACAUUUUAAGCGAGAUGUGCUGCGUGAUUAUCAUGGUAUACGAUGGUUUGAGAUUAAUGAAAGAUUCCAAAAAAGUACACUUGGAUUUUAAAAAUGUUGACAACACAAAGGAAAUAAAAAUCGAAAUCGAGAAACAUAUAUUGGAACCAUCCAUGGAGAAUGAAGCUCUUAAAUCUAGAAAAAAGAAAAAGAAAAAGAGUAAAUCAGGCAAAAUAUCACAGACAAACAAGUCGAAGACAAGAGAAUCAAUUGAAAUUCAAAAGAAAGAAACUACAAUUAUCCAGGAACAAUCUGUAAAUAGAAAUGAGUUACAACCUAUCAAAUCGAUAGAAUUUAAAGACAAAGAGAAAGUCAAUGGCGACAGUAAACAAAUUGACAAAAUAUAUGGUACAAAUGAUGGUGAGGAAGUAGAUACAUUUGCUAAAUAUUAUAGCAUGUCGGAUACACAUACCAAAGAUACUACUGAAACAACAGAUUUGUAAAAAGUUAUAACAGAGCUUGUUGCUUAUUGAUGUAUUGUUAUAUAGA